CCCUCAAGCCGCCUCCGUUUGCCCAUUGAAAAUCCUCCUGCCGCUUACAGUAGCAGCAGCCCACGCACAUCUCAACUAAUUGUUAAGCAGAACGAUCACACCACGAUGGAAGACAAGCAAGGCAACCGGCAAGAGAUCAAGGGCCCAGAUGAACAGCAGAAGAGGAUUCUCCGCCACAUUCUGGGCGAGGAUAAUGAUGAUGACUACUCCGAAGUGAUGGCGAAUCACAGUACAACCCACAGAGUUGAGCGGGAAGUGGACACGCAAGAUAAUGACGUCUGUGUGGGCAAAGCUACACAGGAGCCACCUUCGUCGGUAGAGAAGGUUCUUGAUGCUCUUGCGGCGCCUCGACUGGAAAGGGUGGAUGCAGUUCAACCCUACCGACUCGUCAUUCCCGGAGCCUACGCUGUUGAAGGGAUUGGACAAACUCCAGAGAUCCAGAGCCCAGCUCUCGGUAGUGAUACACCAUCUGAAAGAAGCGACGACGGCAGUGGAAUGGACAACGUUGCCAGCACUUCAAUUGAAGCAACCAUACACGCUGUUGACGCUGAAGUGGUCGACACAUCAGCUCGCAGAAGCUCCGUUACCGUUCCCACCACAGCCCGGCGACAGCCACACAGGCCGCAUUUGGUUAUUGAUGGUGAAGCGGUCAAAGAAGAAGAAAGUCAGGCCGAAUCGAGAUGUUUUCGACUAGUCUCUUUCAUUGCCAUUAUGGUUCUUGUCGCCGUCAUCGUCGUUCUCGUCGUUGGCUUGGGAGGAGGUUUUGGUGAUGAUGGAAAUCUACGAGAUCCAGCUCCACACAACGACACUGCAUCAGAGAAGCAUGCAGACCACACUCGUGCCAAUCCCGGAAGCAAUGUUUCCACCUUGCAGCGAGUCAAGACAUCAGGCAUUCUCAGGUCGGCCUACCCCAGUGACCUUGUGAAAUUCCCAUAUCUUACGAAGGCCAUUGCUAGUGGUAUCUUGGGUGGAGCUGGUGCUGUGGAAUUCAAAAAGAUGCCUUUUGGUCACCUUCUGCGGAGCCUUGCCAAUGGCACUGUAGAUAUUGUGCUGACCCAUGUUGCACAUACAAUGGAAAGAGAUGUGUUAUGGCCAUUCUCUUUCUCUAUACCGUUCAUAUACAGAGGGCUGCAGGUGGCAGGAAACCCUUUCUUUGUGAGGUGUGCAGAAGAUGGGUUCAGGCACCUUGGUGAAUGCAGUGGGCUGCAAAUGUGUCUUGCAGAGGGUACAACUCAUUUUGGUAUCAUUCGAAAAUACCUGCCAAUGAGAAGUAUUGUUCUUGUCACACCCAGCGAAAAUUCAUUAUUAGAAGGAUUGAUUCGAGGAGACUGCAAUGUGAUGGCUCAUCACAACUUGUUCCUCGGUGAAGACUAUGUGAGAUCACAUGUUGUCAAUGGCACUCACUUUACAGGAGAUUAUGUCAUUGGUGAAAAAUACUACUCCAGAGAACCAUUUGUUGCUGUCACCAGAAAAGGUGACACUGAGUUUACUGACUUUGUCAAUGCAAUUCUCAUGUGUCUCAUGGCUGCAGAACAGCAGAACAUCACGCAGGCCACUGCCCACCUUUCCCCUCAAACAAGUGUCUUUGGAGAGGAAUACAAGGACAUGUUCAGAAAUGCCAUUGCUGUUGGUGGCAACUUUGGAGAAGUUUAUCAAAAGCAUUUUGGCACGACUAUCCCAAGAAGUCCUCUUGAUUCCAUCAACAAUGGCGCUACUGGUUUGUUGUACCCCCAUCCUUUUGGGCACAUAUCCAAUGAAAGGGGCUCCUUGCCCCUUGGCCCUGUGUUCGAAGAGGUUCUUGAGAGGGGCAAGCUCCAUUGUGGCAUUCACAGUGGCAGGCCUGGCUUUGCCACCAGAGUUGAGACUGGAGGACAUGUUGGCAUGGAUGUUGACUAUUGUAAGGCCUUGGCUGCAAGCCUCUUCCAAGGAAAUACAGAGGCGGUGGAGUUUGUGGAAUUGGAUGAUGAUUCUUAUGGUUAUGCCCUGUUGGCUUCUGGGGAAAUUGAUGUGCUUGCUGGGGCCACCUGGUCCCUCCAAACUGAUGUGAAAGAGCCCACUACAAAUCAAGGCUACUCCUUUUCUAUUCCCUAUUUCUAUGGCUACAACACUGACCAUGACAACUUUUGUCUGGCCACAAGACAAGAUGACCCAGACUGGAGUUGGUUUGUGUAUUGGUUGGUCAUGGCAACAUUCUAUGCGGAGGAUAGUGGAAUUGGAUCUUUGAAUUCCAAUGACAUGCCCGAGGUCUUUGUGUUUGGCCCUGCUCAAAAUCGCAUGUUUCGAGAUUCCAUCUUGGUUGUUGGCAGCUAUGCUGAGAUAUAUGAGAGGAAUGUUGAGGACCUGAUACCUCGUGCUGGAAGGAACUUCUUGAAUGACUUCAUCCACCCUGGUCCACAGCACUAUGUGGUUCCUGGUUUCAUAUGACCGCAUCAAGUAGACUCUCUGAAGCACUAUUCGAUGAUUAGAACAUUAGAGCCUAAAGCUAGAUACUAUGGUGCGACCUC